UACAAAAAGGUCCGCCAAUGUUGAUGAACACGAGUGCGUGAAUAAGAAAAUGGCAGGUGAGGAUAACCAGUGGGGGCAGGUGGUCGUGAAUAGUGAACGUCAAUGGAGUGUACAAGUGAGCCUCACCGAUGGUGAUUGUUGAAAUUGGGGCAAAAUUUAGGUUAGGUUAUGAAAUUGGGGAUUUGGGAGUGUGGAGAGGGAUUCGGGGAUUCACAAACGAAGAAGAAAGCUGCGGUUUCUUGGGUUAGGGUUUCGCGCGCACAGGGAUUUUGGGGUGAGAACAAUGACGCCGGAAGGGGAUAGGGUGCGGGAGAGGAUUUGUGGAGCGGUAAGGGAUUUGGGAGUGUGGAGCAGAAUUGUGUGUGUGGUGCGGGGAAGGGGACUGGCCUCUCCUUUCAGUGUUCAGUGUCAGUGGCCAAAUUUGGGGAGAGUAGAGAAGCGGUGGAGCGGUGGUGUGUGAGGAGUGGGAAAAGGCUGUGACAACACGCGCUUGGCAGGGAAAUGUUGUCUCUGAAUGCCAAUUUCAUUUUUCUGUUCAAAAAUAAAAAAAUUAAAUUCAAAUACUGCUGCCAAGUCAGGUGGUCAAGAAAGUGAUAAAAAUUGGGUGUCAUUGUAUCAUUACUCUUUUUUGCUUUAGGUAUUUCAAACUAUUGAGAUUUCACUUUUUGGAAAAAACUCUUGUGAUCUCACGGUUUGGGACUACGUGUGAUCUCAAGGUGAGACAAUAAAUUAUAUGAGGCAUGGCCCUGCCUGUGGCCAUGGUUCUUCUUCCUUGGUUCUCUUGGUUCUUCUGUGUGUCCGUUCUUCCUCUGCAUGCUAUUUUUGUUAUGUUCUUUUUAACUCUAAACAGUAAAUGCAAGGGUAGAUGUUGAUAAAUCACUCUUUAACAGUAGCUAGCUAAACCGACUCAUAGUAUAUAUUAGUUGGUGAAUGCCAUAUUUUCAUUUCUCACAUUUUGCAGUUUAAGGUGGAGUAGCUGUAGUCGAUCCAUUGCUUUAUUUUGCAGUUUCUUUGUUUACUCUGUACAGGCUCGUAGUAUAUAUACCAAAAGUUGCUUGUGAUCACAGUAAGGUAGUCCGUGAUUUAUAUAACAGAGAGAUACUUCUCCAGAUAACCAGGCUGCUCUGUUUGACAUGAGCAACCACACACUUGUUAUGGAUGAAGAUGGAGGGGAUGCCCGUUCUGGGUGCAUUGAGGGAUUGGCUAAAGAGUAUCAAAAUAAUGCACAAGCAAAUCCGUAUAUGAAAAAUAGAAAAGGUGGCAAGGAAGUUGUAUGUUCCAAUUGCUUGGGUGGUGGAGUACUUUUAUGUUGCUCUGGAAAAGGAUGCCAGAAGAGGUACCAUCCCUCUUGUGUCGAUCCUCCUCUCAAGUACAUUCCUCUGAGGUUUUGGCAUUGUAUCUGGUGCACUAUGAAAAAAGUAGAGUUUGGUGUGCAUUCUAUUUCUAAAGGAGUGAAAUCCAUCUUGGAUUCUAGAGAAGUGGUUUCGAAUAAUAAAGUGAUGCAAAGGGAUUACUUUGUCAAGUAUCAAGGUCUCGCUCAUGCUCAUAACCGCUGGAUUACAGAAUCAACAAUGCUUCUUGAGGCUCCUAAGCUCUUGACCAAGUUUAAGAGUAAACCGCAGGUUACCAGGUGGAAAAGAGAUUGGAGUAUACCUCACCGCUUACUCCUUAAAAGAGAAAUUGUGCAUUAUGCCGUGCAUGGUGACAAUGAUCCAAUUUGCUGUUAUGAGUGGCUUGUCAAAUGGACCGGUCUUGGUUAUGAUAACGCCACAUGGGAGUUACAAGAUGCUUCAUUUUUGACAUCAGCAAAAGGCAGGAAACUCAUACGUGAUUAUGAAAGUCGUCGAAAGAGAGUUGAUAAACUGUCAAAAAGUCACUUUGAAGACAAUGAGGAGACAAAAUCUUUCAUUGUCGACUUAUCAGUGUUGCCAUUUGGAGAUUCACCAGGCCUUUAUAACCAGUAUUUGAGUUAUGUGAACAAGCUUCGCAAGUGUUGGCACAAAGGCCAAAAUGCUCUUAUUGUAGAUGAUCAAAUUGACCAGGAGCGCAUUAUAAAGGUGAUUUUGUUUGUAUUAUCUUUGAAUUGUAAUAGCAAGAGGCCUUUUCUCAUCAUCUCAACUUCUACUGCCCUCUCUGUAUGGGAAACAGAGUUCUUACAUUUGGCACCAUCUGCCAAUCUUGUAGUUUACAAGGGAAACAGAGAUGUACGGAGUGGCAUCAGGGCAUUAGAGUUUUAUAGUGAAGAAAAUGGUAUAUUAUUUCAAAUACUAUUGUCAUCUUCUGAUAUUGUUGUUGAGGACUUACAUGAACUAAGAUGCAUUCCAUGGGAAGCGAUAAUAAUUGAUGAAUGCCAGCAAUCCAGAAUUUCAGGACACUUGGACAGUAUCAAGAUUUUAAAAACUGAAAUGAAGCUCCUUCUUGUUAGUGGACAAAUAAAGGAAGAUCGAUCUGAUUAUAUCAAACUGCUUUCAUUCCUCAAGUCUGCACAUCAUGGGCCAAGUAUUGCUCCAAUAGAAACUUCUUUCAGUGCUAGCAUUUCCAAUUUGAAGAGCCAAUUGGAAAAAUAUGUUGUAUUCAAAUGCAAAUCUGGCUCUACUAGGUUUGUAGAGUAUUGGGUUCCUGCCUGCCUUUCUCAUUUGCAGCUUGAACAGUAUUGUUCAAUGCUGCUUUCAAACUUAAUUUUGUUAUGCUCAGGCCAGAAGUCCGACUCAGUUGGUGCACUCCAUGAGCUUAUUAUCUCUACAAGGAAGUGCUGUGACCACCCUUAUCUCCUGGAGCCGGCACUGCAUAAUUCUGUUGCUAAGGGUCUACCUGUUGAAGAACAUUUAGAUAUUGGUAUAAAAGCAAGCGGAAAACUGCUACUUCUUGAAAAAAUCCUUUUGGAAGCAAAAUGUCGUGGGUUAAGGGUGUUAAUAUUAUUCCAGUCAUCUUGUGGUUCUGGAUCGAUUGGAGAUAUUUUGGAUGAUGUUCUCUGUCAGAGAUUUGGAAAAGAUUGCUAUGUGCGAUAUGAUAGAGCUUACCCUAAAACAAAGGAAGCUGCUUUAGACACAUUUAAUGAUAGAGACAGUGGUAAAUUUGUCUUCUUGAUGGAAAACCGUGCUUGUCUCCCUAGUGUUAAGCUUUCUUUAGUGGACAUUGUUGUACUGUUUGACAGUGAUUUUGACCCACAGAAUGACCUAAGAGGUUUACAAAAGAUGUCUAUCAGCACGCAGUUGAAACAGUUAACCAUUUUUAGAUUGUACUCAUAUUACACUGUUGAAGAAAAGAUUUUAAUGCUUGCAAAGGAGGGUAUAUCUCUUGACAGUAACGUGCGGUUGAUUAGUCAUAGUAUUUCUCACACCCUUCUAAAAUGGGGCACCUCUCAUAUGUUCAAUAAGCUGGAUGAUUUACAUGCCAGUGUAACUGCUGUUUGUACUCCAGACAUUGCAGAUCAAACUCUUCUGCAUGAUGUACUCUGUGAAUUAUCAUCCCAAUUGGUUUGUGAUGCUGAUGAUAUUGAUUAUCGUGAAUGCUCAUUCAUAUCAACAAUACAGCAGAAUCGAGGGGAAUAUUCGAGGAACAUUUUAUUGCUAGGAGAAAGAAUAAUGAAGGAACUGCACAGUGAGCCAGGUGCUUUUUCCUGGAGUGAUCUUGAAGGAAAGUAUCCUCAGUGGAAAUUUUUGUCUGUUUCGUCUCGGAGGAUGAGGAGUAGGGCCAAGCAUUCUGAUUACAUAAUAAAUGAAUCUGAAUGUGAAGAUCAUACAAUUAUGGGAAAGAGGACAGCAUCAAAUGCUUCCAAGAAGAGAAAAGUGACCAAGGAUAAAGUUGAGCCCAAGAGGAGGAAAGUGUCCAAAGACAUUGUUGAAACAGAGGGGAGGGAACUGUCAAAUCAUGCCAUUGAUCUUAAGACUAGGAAGGUCGGCAAUGGUAUUGUUAAUUCUGGGCGCAGGAAAAUGUCCAAGAAAAUGCUUGCUUCCAAAUAUCGGAAACCAAGAUUGAGGAGCAAGAAGAAUUCAAGUGUUGCCAAUAGUAAAAGUAAAUCGAAUGGUACAAAUGGUUUGUCUAGUGUACUUGAUUCCUCAGGGCAUCAAACUACGGGAGAAACUGUUACAAACAUGCAACUUUCAGAGAAAAGGAAACUGCUUGAGGGACCAAAUAGCAUCAAAUUCUUGCAAAAGUCGGAUAUUUCAGGUCUUUGUGAGAUUCUACAUUUUCCGAAAAAUGUCAAGGUUGUUGCCCUGAGGAUUCUUGAGCACAUAUUUAAACAGUACAAUGUUAAUUUCCAAGAAGUUUCUACUGUACAGGCUUUUGAAAUAUCUGUGUGUUGGCUAGCAGCAUCUUUGUUGAAACAUGACAUUGAUAAGAAGGAUUCACUCACUCUAGCAAAACUGUACUUGAAUUUCAAUUGCACUGAAGAGGAAGCCACCGAUGUCUACUCAGAACUUUGGAAACAUGCAAAGACAUUUUCUAAUUAUAUACAAAAUGGACUGUGUGUUGAGAAAUAUAAUAUAAAUGGUGCUUCAGAAACUAACGUGCCCGAGCUGAAUGAUUUGACCGAGGAAAAGCAGAAGGCUUUUCUGGAUACUUGUGUUACAGAACUCGUGAAACCUAUCACGAAUGAACUUGAUCUUCAAAUGAAAUCUCCCACUACAGUGGUUUCAUGUGACCAGACUUCUACUCAUGAAAUUUGUUCAUUUCUAAGACACCUGCAAGUAUUCCUGUGGAAGCAAUUGCUCUUUCCUCGGAGUUUGGCUCAGAAAAUGACGUCAUGGAAUCUACACCCUUAAUAACUUCAGAAGAUUCAGCUCUUGAGCACGGAGGCAAUGAUGUCAACCCUCGUACUGAUUAUUUGGAAAAACAGAGUCCUAUUAGAAGUACAGAUAUUACACAAUCUGAUGGCAAAGUUUGCGAAGAUCCUCAAAUUUUAGUGAAUGAAUUGGCUGCUAUUGAGAAUUUUAUGAAUAUGCCUACUCAUUCUUUGCAGCUUGAAAGUGUUGAGGCAAAUGCUGUAACUUCCAUUGGUUCUGCUGUUCCUGAGGCCAGCCAGUGGGGCAGUGUAAUGAGUCCUGUAUGUGAUGAGCCAACUGGUUUGAAGUUUGCUGAGACAACCUUUCCAAAUACACAACCAUCGGAUGCUAAUUUGUGGUCGUUGCCUCUGCUAGUGCUGUCACGCCUCUAGAUGAUAUUUUUAAUCAUAGUCGUGAGGAUCAUUGUCACAUUCACGAGGCUGAAGUAAUAUUGGAAGCACCAAAUGACGCUGUGGAACCAGUUAACUCUUCCUUUGGUUCACCUGUGAUACUGCAACCCUUCACAAGUGUGCCCAUGAAUGAAAAUAGGACACAUGUACCUGACAGCUUUACUAUUCCUGGAUAUAUGAACAGUGAUUAUAUUCAACAUCACCAUGUGGCAUCUGAAAUAUCCGAC